UCUAAACACAUUUCUUGAUUUUAUUUAUGUAAUUAAUUUUUGUUCUGCAUCUACUCAACUCAAAGUAUGUUCCUUAUCAUGAUGAAUUUGUAUUUCAAAAUUUUCCAAGAUUUCAAGUGUUUGUUUCAAGUGUAAACAUGGUUAAUAUUAAAAACAGCGGUUGCAUCCAGCUGUUAUUCAUUAGCUUGGUAAUUUAUUAUUGUUCAUUUGGCUGUUAGAGUUAAUGAGCUGAAAAUUCAUCGUCCAAUUGUCAGGAGAUUUACUGUUAUCCACGUGUUACUUGCAAUAAGCUGAUUUUGGUUUUUGAAUAUUAGAACUUUAUCUUCUAUUUCCAUUUAAUUGCCUUUGGUUGUAAAUGAUCUUUCAAAAAAUAUGGUCAAGACGUGGAAGUUUAGCAACAGAAGGUUCAUCGCCUUUGCUUCCAAGACGCUCAUCUGAAGCUAACAUUGGCCUCAGGACUACAGAUUUUGACUGUAUGAUGGAAUUGAAGAAGCAAUCUUCUGCACCAACUAAGGCACAAUUAAAGAGCACAGUUUUCCAAAAUGAUUUUUCAUCAUCUGAUAAAUUUAACUUCAAUACUUUAGAAGAUUCUUCUUCAAAUUUAAAACGUAAAAAAAACAGUUCACACUCAAGUGAAACAUCCUGUGAAUCUUUGGCAACUUAUGAAAAUACUGAUAGUGACUCUUUUACUGAAAACUCUCUACACAAUUUAGCUUUAAAUCAAUCUGAUAUUUUUUUAAAUAUGACUCUUGAUUCCAAAUCAAAAGGGUCUCCUAAUUCUAUUUAUAGUUGUUCAAAAGACUCCAUAUUUGAUUCAAGCUUAGAUUCCUCUUACUUAAAUAAAACAUUUGAAAAUGGAGACAUUCUUAAUCCUCGCUCUCCAUUCUUAGUUGAUGCAAACUUAUCAAGAACUCAAAAAAUUUGUCAUGAAAUGCUUAUUACUGAGAAAACUUAUGUAAAUGAUUUGAGAGAAGUUAUUGAAGGCUAUAUAUAUCACUUGAAACAACAAACUGACUUGAAUAUUGAAGAAUUAUUUGGAAACUUGGAGGAAAUUUAUGAAUUUAAUAAAGAAGUGUUGUCUCUUAUGGAAGAAUGUGAAAUUGAAGACAAUGAAAUUGAUGUUGUGCAACUUGCAAAUAUUUUUUGUGAAAAGGCAGAGGGAUUCAAUCACCAUUACACAAGCUACUGCACAAAUUUUCCAGAAAUUUCGUCACUGUUUACUGUUAUAAUGCACGACCCCAGAAUUUCAGCAUUUUUUACAAUGAGACAGCAUGUUAUUGGUCAUGCAUUAUCAUUAGAAAGUUAUUUGCUAAAACCAGUUCAACGAAUACUAAAGUAUCAUCUCUUGUUUAGGGAUAUUUUGAAAAGUUAUGAUGGAGAUGUGGACAGUUAUAAUAUAAUAAAUUCUGCUUCGCAGAAGAUGAGCGAUGUAGCAGAGUACAUCAAUGAAAUGAAACGUUUACAUGAGAAUGCUCAGAAAGUUCAAGAAAUUUUAAACAAAAUAGUUGAUUUGAAUGAUGCAAUGAAUGUGUUUAGUACAGGAAGAUUUGUUUUAGAGAACAGUUUUAAAGUACAUGGCAUAAGAGGUGAUCGCUACUUUUAUUUAUUUGAAAAAAUGCUUCUAGUUUGUAAAAAAAGUGAUGACAUGUAUCAUUUUAAAGAAAAGAUAGAGUGUUCCGAUAUGAUUCUACAAGAAGGUAUGAAAGACUCACUUAUUUUUCAAGUGAUGCGUUACAGCAAUUCAAAAGUGUCCUAUUCAAUUGUGGCAAAAAAUCUAGAAAUAAAAAAAAUAUGGAUUCAACAUUUAAAGCGUUUGAUUGUAGAGAGUCAUAAGGCAUUGAUUCCGCAAACUGUUCGCCAAGCCAUAUUAGGACCUGAAGAAAAAUCAAGAAGCAAAUAUAAUUCCUUGUCAAUUGAUGCACUUGAUGAUCCAAUAUUUAGUAAUAAAAUAUCAGCCAAAAAUAAAGAAAAUCAUGGAGUUGUAACUUAUAAAAAGGAACAGAAUGAUAAAGACUUACUUUCACCUAAACGUAAUCUAAAUACAAAAGCCAAAGAAUUUUUAUUAGAUAAAAGAAAUCGUGUGUCAAUGAGACCAUCAAGCCCAAACAUUAUUCAUGAAAAAGAAAAAAAAGAAAAAAAUCGUUGGAUGCUGUUUAACAAACCAAAACGAAGUGCUGACCACAGCAAUCAAGAACCAUACAACGCAAUGCAACACCAUACGCAAUACAACAACGUACUGGGUGUAAAUAUAAAUAGGACAGAGACAUUGACAAAAUCAAGAAGUUUAGAAUCUUUAAAGGACUCGAUUAAAGAUAGUCAAAAUGAGUUAAAAGUGGUCCAUGAGGACAAUAUAACUGGCGAUCAUGAUUAUGCUGAAAUAAAAGAUAUUAUAAGAAUGAUUAGGCAGCCUGCUCUAGCAAAUUUAGAUAGUGUUGAAAACUCAUUUUGCGUCAAUGAAGCGGAAUCAUCUUUAAAUAAUAGUGCACAACAAGAACAAAUAUUAGAAGAAUUACAACCGGGUUUUUCUAACGAAAUUUGUGACCAGCAAGACGAGUUUACACAAAUCAGACACCGUGCAAGUACCACAGACAAAUUGAGUCGUCUUGAGAAAAGACUUUCAAUUUUAAACGAUGAUGACAAUUCCUCAACUUCAAUUAAAGCAAUGGUUCGUAAAGUAAGCAAUGCAUUUGGCAAUCCUGUGCAGCCAUUUGAAACUUCUCUUAAGGGGUCUGUUAUUUCGCCUGGAAAUGUUUCUAAUGUCUCUAGGGAUUUAAGUAUACUUUUGGGAAACUCUUUGGAUAAAACUAGAUAUCGCUAUAGUGUUGGCAGUUUGCAAAAUUCUUUUUUCAGAGCGCCCCUUGAAAGAUCUCGAUCGCUUACAUCAUUUAAAGAAAUUACUGGCAAAAAAGAAUCUUCUUCAGAAAAUCAACUUUUAUCAGUUUCAAAGAUAAGUUUAAGCUCUAAUGAGGAUCAAUCUUGCUCAGAAGACGUUGACGAUGUCGUUGACGUUGACGAUGUCUUGGAAAGUAUUAAACAUGAAUUAGGAAGUAUUGUGAAAAAUAAUGACAAAGUGUCUAUGAGACCAACGAGCCGCCAACAAGCUGCAGUGAGACCUCUAUCAGCCUUUGAAACAACUUUAGAACUUUCUAAGAAAGAACCAUUGUUUAUCUCUUCAAGCUGUACAGCUAUUGAUAUUAACGCAAGAGCAGCAGCAGUUGACGAGCGUUUGAAGAAAGCAAAUCCUGAAACAGCCUCUCUAGAUACAGUAAGAGAAUUAAACGUAGAAGUUAAACGUGUAGCUGAUCGAAUCAGAGAGUAUAAAAAGCUAAUAGAUGCCGAGAAAAAAGUAAGACCUUUAAAAGUAAAUGAACCAUUGUCAGAAAUGAUUGAGUCUUUGGAUUCUAUAAAGCAAUCACCGAUUGCCUCGUCUACAACUUAUUCAUAUCAUAGAAAACGCUUUUCUCGACCCCCUAGUAUUUUAAAUCAAAAUGAUGUUUUUGAGUUAGAAGCUGAAAGUUUGGAACAAAGCAGUCAAACAAAUGACCUUUUGUCGCAAAUUGAAAAUAAGCCUGAUCACGUACUUGAAAAAAUAUAUACACACAAGCCAUCAAGUAUUGUUACACUUAAAAAUGAAGAAACGGGUAUUCCUCCUUUGCAAGAAAAAAAUAAAUAUGAUGAUAAAACUAUCGAGGAAAAACGCGUUUUCUUUUCCGAAAAGAGGAAAGCUAAAUCGUUUAACGAAACAUUAAAUAGUGACGAAUAUAUUCAAAAUUCUAAAAUCAUGUCGGUUAACGCUACCUCAAUUCAUAAAGAUAUGCCUAAUCAGCGUAUUUUAAUUCGAACACCCUCAUUACCUCAAAUGGAUAAAAACUCAUAUAAGUUAAAAACUUCUAAUAUCCGUGUUAAAUCUCGUCGCAAUUCUGCGUCUUCUUUAUCUAUAAACAAUGAAAACGAUGACAAUCAUAUUCGUGGUCGUGUUCAAAUCAGACAUUUACCAAAUAACUCUAGUGAAAACGAGGUAUCGCCAAAGGUGAACCGGCUUUUUGUUAAGAGAAAAAGCUUUUAUCGAAGUGCUUCAUUACCAAGACGGUCUUAUAAAGUAGAAUUUAAUGAUACAAAAGAAAAAACUGAUGUCAUACAAGACGUGACAUGGUCGCCGUCUGCUUAUUGUAAUCAACAAAACUUGGUUAAUGAUCGUAUAAAGCAGUAUUUUACGAACUUGCAAACUGCAUCAAAAAUUUCCACAAGUAGACCAAGACUUUUAUUAGUUGGAAGUUACGAUUCUGACAGUGAUACUUCAUCUGAUGGACAUAUUCCUUUCAAAACUAGUAAUUCUCUCUGUGACAAUGAAGUUGUACAAAACGACAAUCCUGAUCAUAUAAUGAAAGGAACGGUGAGAAGUAUGAUCAAAAAGUAUGCCGCUAAUUAUGUUUUUGAUAAAUAAUAGUUUGUAAUAUUUUUUAAAAAAGAUUUUUGUAAUAUUUAUUAUUGUUAUUGUUAAUAUUAAACAGCGAAAAAUA